GGCCCACGCAAAGAAAGAGAAGCAGAGAAAGAGGCUGCAGAGAGAGAAACUCGUUCAGCUUAUCAGAGCAAAGAAAGAAGCUCGUAUGAGUCAGUUGCACGAGCAGACGUGUCAGGAAGCGGAGGAGCUGAAGAACCAGGCAGACGAGCACGAGAAACUGUGGCGUGAGAAGAAGCAGCACGAGGUGACGGCCUGGCGGGAGAGG